AUGUUGAGCGGCGCGUCCGACGGCGAAGUAUCCGCGGCCGUUGCUCCGAAUCUGCUGAAGAGCAGGAGUACUGUGUGCGACGUGAUGAGUAAGCAGAAGAAAGAUCUGCCGGAGCUCCACGCCUCGCAGAUCUUGGAAGCCUGGGAAGAACACUCCGGCAUUUCCGAGCCAAAUGGCCUGCGGCUGGAGGACUCAGGCGCUGACCCAUUCUGUAUGGAGACGGCGUCCGAGUACCUGGAGCGCUACCGGAAGAUGAGCCGCAUGGAGAAGAUUCAGCUUGCCUUGCAGUCCAACUUCUACGAGAUGCUGAUGGCAAUGCUUCUAUGCGUCAACAUGAUGUGGAUGGCCUUGGAGAUUCAGAUCACUGGCUCCACGUCCGGCGUUGAUCUUGGCCUCUUUCAGUCGGCCAUCAUCUCUGAGAGCGACAUGUACAUCUACGAAGACUGGCUCCAAGUUGGCGAGCUGAUAUUCACGCUGAUCUUUGCCUUGGACGUGCUGGUCCGCAUGUUCGUCCUGAGAGGCAUUUUCUGGAAGGCAUGGCUGAACUACAUCGACAUUGCGGUCUCCGUUACAAACAUCUUCGAAACAGCGAUCUCCAUGUAUUCCAGCUCCACCGCAUUGCCAUUUCCACCCGUGCUCUUCCGGUUGCUUCGACUAGGGAAGCUUGCAAGAGCAAUCCGAGUGGUGUCGAUGACCUCGGUGCUAGCAUCUCUCCAGCUUCUGGUGAAAUGUCUGGGAUCCAGUCGAGAUAUGCUUUUCUGGAGCUUUUGUCUUCUGACCUUUGUGCAAUGUGUUGCUGGCAUGAUCCUCAGCACCCUCACCGUCGAUUUCAUCAAAGAUGAUAGCAAGCCAUCAGAGGUGAGGGGCGAUGUGUUCCUGUACUAUGGCACUUUUUCGAGGACGACCCUCUCCAUGUUCGAGAUCCUCUUCGCGAACUGGAGCCCAUGUUGCCGAAUCCUGGUCGAGAACGUCAGUGAAUGGUUCUCACUUUUCUUCCUCCUCUACAGGUGUGUACUUGGCUUUGCCAUUCUCAACGUCGUCAACUCCGUAUUUGUCCAGCAGACGAUGAAGACCGCCAGUUCCGAUGAGGAACUGGCCUUCAAGCAGAAGCAGCGUGAUGCCGAGCUCUAUACCAAGAAGGUCCGCAAGCUCUUCCAGACGAUGGAUGCCAGCGGAGAUGGUGCCAUCAACUUGGAGGAGUUCGCCAAGCUCGUGCAGUCACCGAAGCUCCGCUUCUGGAUGAGCCAGUUGGAGUUGGAGUACCAUGAUCUUUUGAGCCUUUUCGAAUUCCUGGAUAACGGAGAUGGGCAGAUCACGCUUACGGAGUUCAUCGAGGGCGCGGCUCGCCGGUCGGGAUGCUGCCAUUUCAUUCGCUGCAUAAAAGGCAGUGCGAAAGCACUGGACAUUUGGCGGAUGGAGACGAAGGUCGAGGUCCUCUUCGAAGAAGUCUUGGGCCUGCUCAGGAAGCACGGUGAAAUGCCACCUCUACCUCGAAUGGAUUCUAACGCCAGCUCCUCCGAAGCGGUAACUCGUGUCUCCAGCGU